AUGGGUGUAUUCGGACUCUUUGGUAGUAAAGGAGGAUUUGAUCCUAAAGCAUUUGAAAAGGAUUUAACUACCUUAACUGAAAAUAUCACCAGUACAAAACAACAAAUUGUCAAACUUCGAGCAAGAAAUAAUCAUGUGAGACGAUUGUUGAUUCAAUACCUUGUAUCUAUUUAUGUUUUGAUUUUUGCAUAUUGUUAUACUACUGUUCCUAAAGAUGUUGAGGCGAGUAAUAGACUUAUGCGCUUCUUAAAAGGACAAACCAAGAGGCAUCUUUUGAUUCUUGUAUUAUAUCCAAUUAUUUCGGUUCUUGUAAUUAGAUUGACACGGUUCUUGUUUCAAUUUUUCAUUGAUAGUAGAAGCAAAUAUUUGAAAACUUUAGAAAAGAACCACAAGAAGAAGAUUGAAGAAUUGAAAGAGAUUACUAAUUUCAAUAAAACGAAUGAAUUGAUUAAUAAGUAUGAUAGAUCAGCUAGACCAAGAACUCCACAGCAGCAAUCAAUACAACAGCCACAGUUUCAAAAACCAACCCAGAAUAUCCAACAGGCACAGCCACAGAUAAAUAACCGUCAAGAAGCACUUAAACAAAAGGCAUUGAGAGAAUUGAACCUUCCCAAACAACCAAAUCAACUAGGAAACUUUGCUCCACAAUCCCAAAUACAACAACAACCACAGGCUAUCUCCCCAGUAUCCGCGCGACCAAUUACUCCAAGUCAUAGAACAAUUCAAGAUAGACUACUAGAUAUCUUAAUCGGAUCUGAUAAUAGUGAAUCCGUGGAACAGAGAUAUGCAUUGAUUUGUUAUAAUUGUUUUGCUCAUAAUGGAUUAGCUCCUCCAAAUACUGACGAUCCAGUAAAUAUUAAAUAUCAAUGUUGGAAAUGUGGUAAAAUGAAUGGAAAAGGAAUGUUAUUUGAGGGGGGAGAUCCCGAUUCGGUGAAUAUGAUUCGUACUGAUUCCGGUAAUCUGGUGAAGUCUGCCGGGGCUAUUCCUACUAUUGUAUCCCCAUCUGCUAGCACUAGUGCUAAAUCUCCUUCGCCAAGCAUUAAUAAGGAAGAAGGUUCAACUAGCAACACGACGGUUGAGAAAAGUGAAUGA